AUGGCAGACACCUCGACGUAUUUGCUCCUCACUCUGCGUGGGCUGGAAUUCCUCGUUGAAACCGAGAUCCGCUCGAAGCUUCAAGUCGAAGGUCUGGAAAUCUGCAGUGUCCAGGAACAUGCUCGUCCGCCGUAUCUGCAGGUGAUGCAGGGCCAAGCUGCAGUGGGCAAGAUCGUCCUAACGACGCAGUCGUCGGCUGCCGAAGUUCAACAACUGCGGUCCGUGCAAGCGACGCUGGCGUUGCUGACCAAAAGUGAUGACAUUGAUACGGAGAGUAGUUCUGGUGUCGAGCAGAUUGGGCAACUCCUGAUGAAGUCAGAUUGGGACGCAGCAGUCAGGUUGUGGAAGGCCCAUGUCGGGCAGUCGAUAGCCGACAGUGCCAUUACAUUCCGGGGCUCUUGUGUACGCGACGGCAAGCACGUGUACAACUCACAAACCGUUGCAGGUGAAGUCGGUGCACUUGUGGCGGAGAAGUUUGGCUGGAGCGUGGACCUGACUGCGUUUGACCUUGAAGUGGUCAUUGUCAUCUUCCACAAUUUCAUGGUGGCCGGCAUCGCCUUGGCGGAUCCUCGCAAGGUCCAGUUUCGCAACCGAUUAGCAAACGAAACGCGCAAUGCGCUAGCGGAUGCCCACUGUGUCUCCACUUUGCGUCCAAGUACGGCAUAUCUGAUGCUGCAGCUUGCAGAGAACAGAUACGGCGAUGUGGUGCUGGAUUCCAUGUGCGGAGUCGGCACUCUUCCGAUUUGUGCGACGGACUUUACGAACGACAGCGUCUACGCUCUUGGCGGUGAGCUGGACGAGUUGCCAGUGGGGAAGGCCGGCCAGAAUGCACUCACUCGAGCACGUCCCGUGGACAUUGCGCGCUGGGAUAGCACGCGACUGCCUCUGCGAAGCCACAGCAUUGACAGGGUUCUGAUUGACAUGCCGUUUGGCGUUCUCUGCGGGAAUCAUCGCCGGAACAACAGGAUGUAUCCGAAAGUCUUCAAAGAGCUUCUCCGUGUUCUUCGUUCGGAUGGUCGAGCAGUGCUACUGGUCAUGUCCAAGAAGCUCUUCAAAGGCGCCAUCAAGGAUCUACCGUUUCGAGUCGUGGCUGAGCACAUGGUGAGUAUUGGAGGUCUGGGCGGCGGCAUUUACGUUCUCGAGCCCAAUCCGUCCGACGCAUCGCAAGUGACCGAGGUUGAAAACAUUCCGAAGUCCCCAAUUCGUCCGAAAGGUGAUGUUAAAGGUGCCUUCGCAUAG